AUGGUUGGGGAGUGGUCAGUUGGGCUUUUUGAUUGCUUUGGAGAUUUCGGCACCUGCUGCUUGACUUUCUGGUGCCCAUGUGUCACAUUUGGUCGCAUUGCUGAGAUCGUGGACAAAGGCUCAACAUCAUGCUGCAUAAAUGGGACCAUCUAUGUUUGCCUCGCAUCCAUCGGCUGUAACUGCUUGUAUUCUUGUACCAAACGCUCGGCGAUGCGGUCGCAAUACAACUUGCAAGCAUGGCCCUGCAUGGACUGCUGCGUCCACUUCUGUUGUGAGAGUUGUGCUCUAUGCCAAGAGUACAAGGAGCUGGAAAAUCGCGGCUUCAACAUGGCCAAAGGUAUAUCUGCUUCUUACCGAGAAUGA